CAAAAUUUGACAUAAACUUUAUGUCAUAAAGUUCGAGUUCGGUCAUCCAAUGUUGUUUUUGUGAUAUUUUUCUCAUUUAUCGUUAGUAUUAUUGUUUCUAUUUCCAUUAAGAAUGUCUCAACAAUUAGAAUUAUUGACGGAGAAUCCAACACAAUGGACGCCUGUAUCAUUAUUAACACCGGAAAUACAGAAAAAGGAAAUCAAACCAUUUGUCAUUUUGGCACUGAAAGAGUUGGAAGGCAACCCGGACAGCAGGACCUCUAGUCUGAUGAACACGGACAAGUUCUCAGCGGUGAGGGAGAUUGUGAGGCACUUCGCGAGACUACGGUCAGCGACUAAAGAGCCGUGGGGUCAGGAGGAUGUGCAGACCUUCUUAGAGGGAUUGAGGUUUUCCCCAGACUGCGUCACAGAGUUUACAACCCUACUAUGUACAGAGAAGAUGUAUGAAAACAUUCCACUCCACCUGAGAGUCAAACCAGGACUGGUCAGCCUGCAGUGGAAAAUUGACAUAUCGUUAAGCCAAUCAACAAUAGCAGCUGAAAAACCGUCGCCGCAACGUUCAAAAGAAAUUAUGCAUCGUGACACCUACAUUAUUUUAACAUUACAGCUAACAGACGGACGAACCCUCAUGUACAGAUUAUCUAUUCAUAAAUUCCAUGAGCUAAGGUUUACUAUAGCGAGUGCCUUAAAAAGUAUAAUUGUUCUAGAAAGAAGAAAAUGUAUGAAAAAAGAAUGACAUAAGUUUUCUUGGGGUUGACAACCCCUGACAUGUAUUUAGUCGAUUUUUUCGGUUAUGUUUAGUCGAUUUUAUAAGGGAUUUGAAUUAAAUUGUUUUGAAACGGAUUUAUUUGCUUUGAUAUGUUUUAAAGACGUAUUUUAAGGGUGUGUUGCGUCACGUCAGAGGUCUAAGGGCGGUUUAAACUCUGACACCAGGUUGUACAUCAACCAUACGAUAAGAAUAAUUUCGAAACUAUGAUUUCAUGAAAUUGCGAUGAUAUCCGUUUUAAAAUAGUUUUAUUUUAAUGUCUAACUUAUGACUUAAAUCAAAGUUGCCUUUUGUUGAGUUUUUGAAUUAUAUCAAUGAUUAAAAUUAUAAGAUAUUUAUUUUUAAACGCUUAUCUUAAGCUGUAUAUUCUAAAGAUGCGCAAUCCAAGCAAAA